AUGAACAAGUUGAACAAGGACGGAGUGUUUGAUACCCUAUCCAAGAAGGGGACCACUGUGUCUACACUGGAGGAAACUAGCUCACACAUGGAAGUGGCCUAUGAGCUCGAUAACCCCAUGGUCAUCAGUGUCCUUAUAAUGUUCCAUAUGAACCACUCUACCCCUAUACUCAAGGCACGCACGGAAGCGGCCUUCAAGACCUUCAUAACGAGCACCAGACGUGUCUCCGAGGACAUCAGCGAGAACCGGGUGAGGUUGUUUAGGUCACCCGAGUCGAGGUCAUAUGAGUUGUUGUAUAUCACAGCUCCACGGUUCUUCUCCGCGUCAGCGAGAUUUGUGGUUGCUGUUGACACUCUGUCUGUACCAAAUCUUGUUGACAAGCGGUUGGUGGCCCUGCACCCCGAGUGGGAACGAGUAGAACAGCCCGGUGCUGAUCGCUUCGUGUCCUCAUCGGGCCAUUCUCUCAACACUUUCGGCCUCUACAAAAUUGGUCUGUACUUCGAGCCGGACGAUUUCGACAUAGGCGUUGUGGUCUCAGCCUAUGCUGUCGACAUGGAUCACCUCUGUUUUGACGCAAGGAUGAUCCUUGGCAGUAACAGCAUGCAAAAGAUGGGGGCAAACAUUAGUUGGUCUGUGCCUCGCCUUGACAUUACAGACUGUGGUUUGAAGGUACCUUUGAGACCCCUAUGCCGUGGGCGAGCCAGUCCAGUUUGCAGCGUCGUCAAUGGUCUGGAUCGAGGCCCGCAGUGUCACCCUUUCGAUGAGAUUGAGGCCCGGUUCCUGAAAGGCACUGACCACGAGAUUGAAACUUUCUGCUUAAAGCAGCUAGAAGGGCGAGAUCUCCCAUCACUCAGCUUCGAGUUGAAACCCGGCACACACCCCUACCAAGCGGACCGCUCAUAUACUGUCCCAUCCGGGCUGAGGGAGGCGACCAAUCGAGCCAUCGACAACGAGAUCGCUAAGGGUCACUGGUAUGAGUUGGACGAGAACGACCUCGAGCCCGACGCUUGGGUAUCUCCGGCUUUCGUGAAGAAGAAGGAUCGCAUGGAGGAUGACCUGCCAGUGGUCCGAGUACUGGUCGACCUGCGGCUCUUGAAUGCGGCCAUCCAGAUUGAUCAACACUUACGAGAAGGCCAACUCAUACCGAACCAAGAUCGGUUCAUCCGUUCGAUACCACAGUGUACCGGCCAAUACUCCAUCAUUGAUGUAUCGUCGGCUUUCCACGGAUGCCGGGUUGCUAGUCCUUGUCAGAAAUGGCUCACGUUUCGACUGAAUGGACGACUGAUACGGUCUCGCACUUGCUCUCAAGGUCUGGGUUUGAGCGCUCUCUUCUGGGGGCGACAUCUCGACACCUCCCUCUCCUACGUCUACGGCGGUUAUUGGAAGAACUGGAUGGCCCUUUUUGUCGACGAUUUUCUUGUGCAUGCCGAAACAGAAGACCGCUGCCGUCUCCGCCGUCGCCUUGUGGAGAUUGCCUUGAAAUGCAUGCGUAAGGAGGUAAGCGAUAAGGUCCCGUCAUGUAUCAGUCCUAGCGUGACGGCCAUCGGUUUGUUCUUCGAGGGUCCCUUCUAUCGGGUAUCUGACGCCAACUUGGAGAAGCUCAAGACCCUUUUCCGCCAUCAGCCUAAGAACUCCACGGAAGUGAAAAGGCUCAUUGGCUCUAUAAACUGGGCGUCAACGGCGUUUAGAGGUGGUACGUUCUCUGCUUUGGGCGAUGAACUACGUAUCCUGCAUGACAUCUCGACCAUGAAGAAGUUCUCGUGGAACGAUACCCAAGGCCCGGACGCAGUCUCGAGACUCUGCAAUAUGAUGACGACGGAGAACCUAGCCUUGCACGGCGACCUUGACGAGGUGAAUGGUUGCACUGGUGGCUACUCGUGGGUCGUACAAACGGAUGCAAGUGGUUAUGCCGCCGGUGGGGCAUUGUACCGAGCUAAAGCUGACGUCCUCUUUGACCCAUCUAAUGCUGGGAACCCUGAAGCCCGCCUUGAAGGUGCCGCUUUGGUCUCAAUAUGGUCGAAGGCGCUAACUGGAGCCCAACAACGAUGGCACACAGUGGAGAAGGAGGCCUAUGCCAUAUAUAGUAGUGCAAAGAGAUGGAUAAGGCUCUGGAUCUCCACGACACGGUUGGUCGAUCACGCCAUGAAGGGCAAGCUCGGUCCUAGCAUUGUCAUAUGGGCUGAUAGUACCACUGCCAUUCGACAAUGGCAGACAUUGAAGGUCCCUCACGACCCGGCAGCUUCUUUGAAGGCGAAGCGGUUCAUCUCAUGGUCGGAGAACAUCGCCGCAUUGACCUUCCUGGAUCACACCUUGGAGCAUGUUCCCGGUGCCCGAAAUACCAUUGCCGACAUGUUGAGCCGUCUUGGGGACGAGUAUGCGUCUCAGUCCCUUCCUGAGAGGUUUGGCGCCCCUGCUUGCGCGGCCCUUCCCGGAGGACGCCCUGAUCUUCGCCCGGCUUUCGACGUGGACGAGGCUCUUUGCGAAAAGAUCGUUGAUGCCUACGCCGAGGAUGAGACACUUUGGCAAGGGGUUACUGUCGCUGAAAUCUACAACUUCCUCACUCACCAGAAGGAUUCCCUACAAGACCGAACCGGUACCAUCAAAUCGUGGACUGAUGCAGGUCUGUUCGUUCUCUCUGACCAGAUGUUACUCUUCACAGCCGCAGUCUACGCUGGCACCCGGUCGGGAUUUGUGUUGGUCGUCCCAGUCGACUGCGAGGCAAACUUGCUGAACGAUGAGGUCAUUGAGGUGUAUGAUGGUCUCCGGUAUCUCAGGGAACAGUUGCUCUACCUCUCCCAUGACGAGCUCCUUAGUGGGGCGACUCACAUGAGCGUGGGGGCCAGCAUGAACGUUCUCUGCGAGACCGCCUGGUGGCCUGGCAUGAUGAGCGAUAUGAAGAGGCACGUUUCUCAGUGCCCUGUAUGCUCUACGUCGACUCGUCGUUUGAGGAAACAAGUCCCGGCCCGACCACCACUUCCAUAUGGUCGAUUCGAAGAGCUUCAAAUAGACCAUAAAGAGUUGCCACCCCCUCUGAAAGAGAGGCUGACCGGAAUCCAUGAGACCGGUGCGGUCCUUUCCAUGGUGGACCGGCUGACCGGAGAGUUGGCUCUGGAGUACGUCAAGAACAAGUCGGCUCUUGUGACGGCGCAAACGGUUGUCAGAAGGUGGUUCUGCAAGAGAGGGGUAUGUAGAAAGCUGUCAUCCGACAACGGUCCUGGUUUCAUCGCAGAUCUGAGCAAGCUUCUCGGGUCGGUUCUCGGCUAUCGACUGAAAUUCUCAUGCGUUCGUCAUCCCCAAGGGUCCGCAAAUGUUGAGAGGGCAAAUUCUGCGAUAACAACAGCCCUGACCUUCAUUAAUGAGUCUGGGGAUUGUGAGGACAUCGGUGACCUUGAAAUGCACCUCGCAUCUGCUGAAUUCGCCUACAACUAUAAUUCUGGGGUGUUCCGGAGACUCUUUGGCGAAGACGUGCCUACCCCAUUGACGUCGAACCGAGCUGGGCCUCCUCAUGCACAGAGCGAGAGCAUCGAACUAUCCGAUGCCGAUGAAACCAAACUGGUGAAGAUGGUUACCGACUUUGCCGAUGAUUUCGUCAAGGAGCAUUCUGCUGAGUCAGCCAUCAAGGGUCAUUACAACCUGUUCAACCGGGUCGCAGAAUCCGACAAGAAAUCGGGUAGCUUCCUGAGCUGCAAGGUUGGUGAUAUCGUCCUAUACCAAGGUGUUGAGGACUCCGUUAAGAGCUUAACCUAUGAUAUGUACUCUGGCAGGAUACUUUCGGUGAGGCUAGACUCCGGCGUGAGGGUACACCCUACAGAGCUCACAUCAGCAGGAGAUGCGAGGCCAAUAAUGCAACCUGCUCUCAACGCUCAGAAACUUGCAUCCGGAGAAGCCGGCAACGGAGCUCUUUUCAAGACCGGUGAAUGCGUCCUGUACGAGAUCCCUACUCAAGAUGUAUCGGUCUCGGACGACGUCAAUAAAGCCUUUAUGAUCGGUCGUGUGAUCGACUGUGACGCCGAAGCCGUACGAGUUCAUGUUCAUGACGGCGGGGAGAAGUCUAAGGCCUUUCUCCCUCUAUGGUGUGACGACUCGGCUAAGAUCACUAGAUCUAAAACCGCCCCCCCGAACACAAGACCUGUCUUGAGAUUGGUUCCUCCGGCGGCGGUCCUCUUUAAGGUCCAACUACGAGCAGAUUAUUCUGUAACGUCGAAUUCAAGAACAAGGAUGAACGCUGUUGCUAUCGGUGAUUGGAUUGAUCCGGGAGCGGCGUUAACCUUCACUCAAGAUUAG